AUGCCGCUCAGUCCCUCAGGCAGGCAGGAACCUGGAGGCAAGAACUGGUGCAGAAAUACAGAUCUCAUUGGAGGAAGCCCCAAAGGGGAAAAGCCAUCAUUCUUGCAAACAGUUAAUAAGUUCCUGGAUCUCUCCCUGUUUGCCCACAGAGGCUUUUUGCUGUACCUGUCUGGAAAUGUGGUCAUGUUUUUUGGACUCUUUACUCCUUUGGUCUUUCUUAGUAAUUACGGUAAGAGUCAGCAUUAUUCCAGUGAGAAGUCAGCCUUCCUCCUUUCCAUUCUGGCUUUUGUUGAUAUGGUAGCCAGACCUUCCAUGGGACUUGCCGCCAACACCAAGUGGAUCAGACCUCGGAUCCAGUACUUCUUUGCUGCUUCUGUCGUUGCAAAUGGAAUCUGCCAUUUGCUAGCCCCCUUGUCUACAAGCUACGUUGGCUUCUGUAUCUACGCGGGAGUCUUUGGAUUUGCCUUUGGUUGGCUCAGCUCUGUAUUAUUUGAAACAUUGAUGGACCUCGUUGGACCCCAGAGGUUCUCCAGUGCUGUGGGCUUGGUGACCAUUGUGGAGUGCUGUCCGGUCCUCCUCGGGCCACCACUUUUAGGCCGCCUCAAUGACAUGUAUGGAGACUACAAAUACACGUACUGGGCUUGUGGUGUGAUCCUCAUCAUCGCAGGUAUCUAUCUCUUCAUUGGCAUGGGCAUCAAUUAUCGACUUGUGGCCAAAGAACAGAAAGCAGAGGAGAAGCAGAAAAAGGAAGGUAAAGAGGACGAGACCAGCACAGAUGUUGAUGAGAAGCCAAAGGAAGUAACAAAAGAAGCACCAUCCCCGCAGCAGAACAGCUCCGGGGACCCUGCAGAGGAAGAGAGUCCUGUCUGAACUGAAGCAUGAAUUGAGCAGUGUGCAACCCAAGACAUCUGAAACCAUUCUGCUGGCCUCUAGUCUACCAGUGGUGCUCAAUGCAGACAGUGGACAUUUGUGCAGAAAACCUACCAGGUGUUCAUUGGUGGAAAUUUUUUUGUUUUGUUUUGUUUUGUUUUUGGUCACUCCUUACCAAUGCCGGAAUUUAAAAUUUACUAUGCUUCAGGUAGGGAGUGGUUGGCAAAGGAUAUGGGAAAGAAGUAGGGAUUUUUCUUGUUUUGUUUUAAUCUUAGCUUUUAACAGUGUCAUGGAGAUUAUAAUGUGCCUUAAGUUUUAGUUUUAGAACUCUUUAGAGAGCCUUAACUUUUAAAACCAUUCUGCUGAAUUCAUCUAUUUUAAAUGUCGUUUUAAAAGGAAAAAUAACAACUAACUUGCUUGAGGUAACUUUAACCUUAAUCUUGUUUUGUUGUUGUUUGUAAUGCUUUGUCAGAAUUGUUACUGGAACAUUUAUGGACAGAAAUAAUAGUUAAAAGUUGGAGGUGUAUAAAAAAAACUGACUAAAGUAUUUUUCUAGCAUCAUAGUUGCCUGGCGUAGGUACCUGCUAGGUAUAUAUUUAAGAAAUUUAAAGCAUGAAAUUCUGGAAACAUCUUGGCUGCCGUAGCCACAGUCUGUCUGUCACCUGCUGGGUGCUUCCUCUCAGAUGCUUGCUACAAGCCUAGCGCUAGAACGUUGUCACCAAAUUGCUGCCUUCGCUCCUGUUCAGAGACAUUGAGUGGUUAGAAGUCAUAGCAAAAAGGUUAGUGUUAAAAUCUACAAAACAUUAUUCAACACAGUCUGAUUUAAUAUAGACAGGCCUCAGCUGACUACAGCUUGGGUUUUCAAAGACCCUAGUUAUGGUAUGGAACUUUUGUUAUCUUCAAGUAUGUGUGGGUUUGGGGGGGCUUGGUGGUUCUGAGGAUUGAACCCAGGGACACAGGCAUGCUAAGAACAUGCUGUACCACUGAGCCACAUCCCACUAGCACCCUGGAAUCCUCCUUAGACCUUUUUUCUUUGAUUUUUGAUAGUUCCAUUUAUAUUCUAGCUUAGAACUGUAUGUGAGAUAUUCAGUACGAACUGAAUGUGUGUGCUGUUUGUUUUUUUACAUUGUUUUUCAGUAUUUGCAAAACCAAGAGGGCCAGAGUUUGGCUCCAGGGAAGCCUAUAAAGAUAAAAUAGGGAGGGAGGAAGUUUGCUGAAUUCACUUGGUUCUGUAAGUACCCACCUCCCUGCCAUAUACACCAAGGCUUAAGGAGAAACUUCUAUCAUGCUUAGAAUGAUUGGACAUAGUCUUACCUCUACAAACCUUAGCUUUCGUGACCGUUUUCAGUUACCAGAAAUGGAGGAAAUGGGUUCGGUGUAAGGGUGGGAGGAAGAAUGGACCUGAUUGGAACUGUAUUUUUUUUAACCCGAUAUCUUCUAAAUAGAGGCAGAGAAGAUAAGACACUGAAUUGUUCUCAAUGCAUUUAAAAUACCAUUGUAAUUGACAGGGUGAAAAUAGAGAUUUAAAACCUGUGUAAGAAGCCAACUUUUUCCAAAUAAAACAUUUAUUUUAUUUUU